AUGGUUGACUGCGGCUGCUGCAACGAUGUGGCUGUGAGCCCCAACCUUCAACUCUUCUAUGGCGUGGUAUGUAUCCUGUAUGUCCUGUCCUCUUUAGCAGAGUUCCUUGCUGCUGGCAUGGACGGUCCGGACAUGAUGCUGGCCUGCGUGACCAUGUCGUGUCUCUUUGUGAUCAUGGUGCUCUGGAUCCUGAUGCUCGCCUCCCGCUGCUGUGCGCCCUGCUGCUGCCGAGAGGCGGUACCGGAUGUCCCGCCUACGUGCCCACCGGGCCCUUGCCAGACGUCAAACCCGAAGUGCCUCGAUUACCCUUUCAUGAUCGGAAUGGGAGGGGAGGUGAUCACAGAAGGCACUCGCCGCGUGGUCUUGCCUGCCUGCCUCUACACCAACUUCAUUCGAGGCGAAUGGGACUUCAGUGCAUUGCAGCUUUGCCGCCUUCUCUGGAUGACCUUGCUCAUCUUGGGUACCUUCACUUCCCUCAAGAAGUACCAGCUCAUGAGGAAGAUGGCGCUGCACAGUACCGAGCUGACGUACCGCAUGCCCUUCGAGGAAAGUGGGAACUUCCCCAAGCUUUUCGAAAGCCUCGAGCAGAGACCCGAGAGCUACGGAAUUCAGCUCUUUGGCGUCUCAGUGACGACCCUGGAGGAGGUCUUCCUCCGCGUGGGCCGAGAUCACACGGAAGCGGACAUCGCGGCCGACGAGCGUUUGCAGCAGGCCAGCUUCGUGCGGCAGAUCUCCGCCGAGAGGGAAGAGCGUGCUUUGGGUUCCUUCACGCAGCGUACCGAGGAGCAGGCAAGUGGCGGCUCUGCGAUGGCGGCGCCGCUGACGGCCGAGAGGAGGCCAGAUCCUUCUGUGAGCUUCCAACGACAUGUCCAUGCGAUGCUCGUCAAGCGCUUUCACAACGCGCGGAGAGAUCGAAAGGCCUGGUGUUGCCAGAUCGUCCUGCCCUUGAUCUUCCUCCUCAUGGCGCUCAUGACCAUGCGCUUCGCUGGCAUCGGAGACUACGAGGCAGUGCCUCUCCUCGCCACGGAGCUCCCGGGACCCCAGCGCCUUCUGGCUGCGGGCGGGAAGGACGUCACUGCCGCACAGGCCACGCGAAAGUUGCACCAACUUUCCGAGCCUUUUGCAAAGACCAUCCCCGUUGCAAUGGGGUGCCAAGCGAGCAUGGAGACGCCGAGCACCGGUUUCCAGAAUGCACCGAAUGCAGACUCCGAGCCGAUUGAAGUGCAGAUGCUUCUUUCUGACACCAUUGCGAAGAAGACGCCUUCGUCUUCGUUCGAGAGGUCCGAGCCUCUGGGGGAGUUCCGGAUGGGUGAUGUGAAACCACCGACAAGAGAGACGUCGCGGCAGAUGACGGCGGAGGAAGCUCCCCGAGCUCAAGCAGAGCGCGACCUCCUCGACCCCAACGUCCACAAGAUAGAGAAGUUCUUGAAGGAAGUUGAAGCAUCACCUGAGAGCCUGGUCAGCAUCAUCGAGUCCAAGCGUGCCAGGUGUUUCGGCGAGAAGGUGCCCUUUCGUGACCCGACAUCGGCAGUGGCAAAGCGGACGCGUGAGAAGCAGCGUGACAAAGACUUGCGGGCCUUCUUGCCCAAGUAUUGA